CAUUUUUUCGUCCCACGUUACUUUUAGCUGAGUAUAGGCCUAAGAUUUAUGUUAAGUUCAACUACGGAUGGGAAUAGAUGGCCAAUACUUCGUCCUGACAGCUGUAAAUUUCUGAAACGAAUUAUCGAGAAUUUGCUCUAAUUCAAGAAUAUCAUGAUAAGAAUAUCCAUACAAAUUUCGGUAGGAGUCUAAUGGUAGGGAUUCUUGCAGGCACAUUGGUAUGUUUGGUUCACUCUCCGGUACAGACGCUGCAAUACUUGUUUGUGCAUGUGCCUUUGCGGCCUUUUCCUUUUCUUGCAUAAAUUGCUCCUUUUCUCUCUUCCAUUCAAGUUCUCGUAAUUCUGAUUCUCGAAAAUACGAUAUUUGCUCGUCCGUUAAUGUUCGAAUGCUUCCAUCCGGGUAUCUUUCUACGGCAGAAAACGUAGGGUUUUCAUUGUAUGGAUAUGACACAUUCAAAUCAACUGGAGGUUGAAGAAACGCGUUUUCCCAACAUUGCACAGCUACCUUUCCAAAGUGUUCAUCAUGAAAUUUCUGCAAAUCUUCUUCUGUAAGACACAUACAAUUUACUUCAAAGGUGUUGAAUUGUAGGAAACUUAGAUGUCGCAAACAAAAGCUUACUCUUUCAUUAGUGGACUUUUUUGACUCAAUAAUGCUUAUAUAACACAAAUAUCAUAGCUUACUUUUUAUGAAGAUGUCUUUUUUUAUUGGCAUAUGCUUAUAUAUAUUUUAUUAUUAUCAUAUAAUACUAGCAUAGACCAUUGCGAUUCUUUUAAGUUUUCACAAAGAGAAAGAUAAUUAUGAGUAAUGAGCCAUUUAGUCUGACCUUUCUUUUUUCUUUUCUUUUUUUCUUUUACUUUAUUAUCAUUGGGAAACUUCUCGUUUCUUUGUGAAUGUUUAAAGCAUUUCUUGCUAGGUCAUCAACAUCCUCAUUGCUAUCUUCAUAGUAACCGACUUUUUUGCAUACGUGAUACCCAACCUAGGAAGGACGUAGAAGAGAAUGGCUACAAUAACUAAUCUGGAGCCAUUCGCGACAGGAAGGUUGGUUUUUAAAACUACUCGUGGUGAUAUCCAGUUAGAGUUAUGGUGUAAUGAAGCCCCGAAAGCUUGCAGAAAUUUCUUACAAUUGUGCAUGGAAGGGUACUAUGAUAAUACUAUUUUUCAUCGUGUUGUUCCAAACUUUUUAAUCCAAGGAGGUGAUCCAACAGGCACGGGAAUGGGAGGCCAAUCCAUAUAUGAAGAAGCGUUUCCCAUCGAGACGCAUCCUAGAUUAAGAUUUAUGAGACGUGGUUUAUUAGGAAUGGCGAGCGCAGAAGACGAAGGAAACCAAUCUCAGUUUUUUAUUACUCUAGGCCCGACCCCAGAAUUAAACGGAAAGCAAACGCUUUUCGGAAGAGUUGUCGGUGAAACAAUAUACAAUGUAGUAAGAAUUUCUGAAUUGGAACUUGAUGCUGAUGAACGGCCUCUUUACCCUCCAAAAAUUCUUUCCGCUGAAAUCAUAGAUCCUUUUUUUAAGGAUCUCAAACCACGUAGUACGAAAGCAGAACGUGAGCAGCUGGCAAAGAAGUUUGCAUUAGAAGAAAAGAAAAAAGAAAGAUCUGAAUUGUUAAAAAAGGGCGUACGAAACAAAGCUGUUUUAAGCUUCGGUGAUGAGCUCGAUAUGCCUAUUCCUAAGAAGCCCCUUCGUAAAAACCCAAUAGUCCAACAAAAGAAAGAUCAAGAGUUAGAAGAUAAGCCUAUCCAGUCUGUAUCAAACAAUGCUGACUCAGAAGCUUCUUCCGAACUUACCCCAAAAAUUCAGUCUCAGAAUAAGCCUGAAGUAUCUCCUGAAAAAGCAGUUGGUCCUUCGCGGCUUGGUACUUCUGAUUCAUCCAAAUCAGAUUUGCAAAAACAAAUUUCGACUUUAAAAGCCGAGAUCCAUUCAAUGAAUAACUCGCCCGUUACCGAACAAAGGCCACAAACAAGUCAAAAGAAACGAAAUGCUCUGACAGAAGAGCUUGAGAAAUAUAAAAGGAACAAGAAGGUGUUAACAGGAAAGCGGAGAAAGUUAGGAGAGAAUGAAGAUUUAACUCUUUCGAUGCUGUCUAAAUUUCAAGCGAAGAUCAAAAAUGUUGAUACCCAAGACACCGUUACAGAUACCCAAGGAGUUAACAUUGAGGAGCCUUGCAAAUUACACAACGUACCUGGCUGUUAUUCAUGUUUUGACCGUCUUGGAGAAACGAACGCUUCAAACGAAGAAAAUGGUAAUUGGUUUGCUCAUACUCUCGUUGCAAAGAAUGAUCCUGCAACCAGAACAGAAGAUUUGAGGAAACAGCGAGAAGAAGAAUUUAAAGACGUUACUCCGGCAGCGGAUGUCAAAAAGGAAAAACAAUCAAAAUUGCACUAAAACAUUUAUACGCAAUUGUAAAAUACAAUGACAUAGCUUGUGAGGUUUCUUAUAGAGAUAUUUAUGACAUAUAUUAUUAAGGGAAGAAUUAUACCAAGGUAUAGAAAUUUUGUUUAAAGGAAAAUAAAAGAGAGGCUACGAUAUCAGAGAGAAUUAUACAAAUCAACAUUCUUUGGCAAUCCGAUUUAGCAAAGGAAUUAUUAAGUAGCUUUCAACUUCGUCACUUCGGCAUCAUCGACGCUUCUUUUGUCAGUCAAUACCUGUCCAUAGCUUGCUAAUAAACCUGCAGACUUGAAAGGACGUUUAAGGUCGUCAGUAGCAGGUUUAUUGAGGAUAUGAAUUUUCAUCUCAUUUUCAUCAAGGAAACCUCGGACGGCUGAGACAAGUUGGAACAAUAAGGGAGGGGCGUAUCCCAUAUAUAAAUGCAUAAACAUUGUGGUGCCGAUUGUCACAAGCAUUUGUUUAAAGCUAGCUAAUAGUUUAUUCAAAUCGUAUUCACGAACCGUUGUAGCAAUGAAUUUCGCAUGCUCGCGGCCUGAAAUUGGAGUAGCUGGCUCAACAUAUUUCAUUACAGUCAAGUCUACAAACAUAUAGUUAGUAAAAGUUGGCUUGCAUCUAUACACAAUUUGAGUCCAAUGGCAAGCUUACCAUUCUUCUUUUGGAUGAUGGUUCUCGUGUAGUAAAAUAAUCCGAUCUGAAGCAAUGUUACAGCUGCAUAAGCGAUACGCAAGGGCAACAAUAAGUAUGGUUUUGAGAAGUCUAUGACUUUUGUAAGUGACAUCAAAACGCCUGUGAUCGCUAUAGAUUUCACCUUUUCGAGUAAGUAAAACAUAUACCACAUCAUCAAUAGUCUUACCUGAGGAUUCUUCUUCACCGUUUCUAUCACUGAGUUCAUUUUUUAUUAUUCGUUGUUGGUGAAGCAAAAGUAUCAGUCGCUAAAAUUCGAG